AUGUCUCCGCUCCUCACACCGGGAUCACGCGCCCCUCACACCGGGAUCACGGGCUCCUCACACCGAGACCACGGGACCCUCACACCGGGACCACGGGACCCUCAAACCGGGAUGACGGGCGGCUCUACGGACGGUUUUAACAAAGACGAUCUGCGGGGAGAAACUAGCCUCUGCGGGCCGAGAAAGAAUCGCAACCAACCCGGGAACCAACAGGGCAACCAACAGGGCAACCAACCUGAUAACCACCAGGGCAACCAACAGGGCAACCAACAGGGCAACCAACCUGAUAACCACCAGGGCAACCAACAGGGCAACCAACAGGGCAACCAACCUGAUAACCACCAGGGCAACCAACAGGGCAACCAACCCGGCAACCAACCCGACAACCAACCCGACAACCAACCAGGCAACCAACCCGACAACCAACCAGGCAACCAACCCGACAACCAACCAGGCAACCAACAGGGUAACCAACCCGAUAACCAACAACAGGGCAACCAACCCGACAACCACCCUAAAACCAACCGGGCAACCAACCCAACAACCAACCGGGCAACUAACAGGGCAACCAACCCGAUAACCACCAGGGCACCCAACAGGGCAACCAACAGGGCAACCAACCUGAUAACCACCAGGGCAACCAACAGGGCAACCAACAGGGCAACCAACCUGAUAACCACCAGGGCAACCAACAGGGCAACCAACCCGGCAACCAACCCGACAACCAACCCGACAACCAACCAGGCAACCAACCCGACAACCAACCAGGCAACCAACAGGGUAACCAACCCGAUAACCAACAGGGCAACCAACCCGACAACCAACCCUAAAACCAACCGGGCAACCAACCCAACAACCAACCGGGCAACUAACAGGGCAACCAACCCGAUAACCACCAGGGCACCCAACAGGGCAGCCAACAGGGCAACCAACCUGACAACCGACCCGACAACCAACCGGGCAACCAACCCGACAACCAACCAGGCAACCAACCAGGCAACCAACCCGACAACCAACCAGGCAACCAACCCGACAACCAACCAAGCAAUCAACCCGACAACCAACCAGGCAACCAACAGGGUAACCAACCCGAUAACCAACAGGGCAACCAACCCGACAACCAACCCUAAAACCAACCGGGCAACCAACCCGACAACCAACCGGGCAACCAACCGGGCAACCAACGCGACAACCAACCGGGCAACCGGGUCCCACUGGGAGCCCAAAAAUAGCACUAAGUUCUGGGUUAAAGCAUGA